UUGACUAAUUGUGGCAGCUCUAUCAGAAUCCACAGCUGUUUGAAUAUGUAGGUCAGGACAGAACCAUCUUUUGACUCCUAGAUUGCAGCAUUGACCAAGAAAGUACCGACGUGUGAGCAGAUCAUUGACCGUCUAUGGAAAAAGGGCUAAAAAUGGUUGACUUCUGGUUCCAACAAUUUGAAGUCUAUUUAGACGCCAUUGUUUCUGAUACGGAUGUCGACAUGUUGAAACCAGAGGUCAGUAAAUCGUGUAUACUUUUAUUUUUUAUUUUUUUAGACAUCAAUAGGCUCAUAUAGUGAUUUUACCAGUAAACACUGUUGUCUUUUAGCCAUUGUUUCCGUUAACAACCACUAGAAGGCGCUGCAUCCGAAGUAUCUGCUUCUCACAGCAGAAGAAGAAGAAGAAGUGUCGUCCAAAACAAACAUGGAAGAGAGUCUAAUUGUUUUUUUUUCUGAUACAGAUGAAAAGAUGAGUAUUCUUGUAUACUUGUAUUCCUCAUUUUUUUCACAAUGUUUAUUUCUGUAGUUCAAGUUAUAAAACUGACCAAUCAGGGGCCUUGAUAAAAGUAGGUGGAGCUUGUUCAAAACAUCUGACUAAUUUCUUAUAGCCUGCUUUCAAGUAAAAGGGGUGUGGCCUUCCAACAAGCUCCGUCCUGAUUGGCCAGAGUGGUUGCCAUAGAAACAACAGUCAAUGGAUUGAACGUGUUUUUGUUUACGUGACAUGUACACUAAAAGGCAAAACAGGAAGAAAGAAAAAAAAGUUUUCUGGAAGCGGAAUAUUUACUUCCCGAUCAGUUGUUGUUGUUGUUUGUAUCCGUUGUUUUAACCUAGUUACAUAUCGGGAAUGUUUUCCAUCCCACCUUAAUGUGAUGACAUUCCAAUGGAAGCAGAUUGACCACAUCGUCCCACCUGUUGGACAGGUGUGUCUGCUCAGCAGCUCGGUUGUUCACCAUGUUCGACAUGAUGUCGUACCUCCUGGGCGUCCUCGUUGGCUUGCUGGUGCUCUUCUCCUGCCUGGACGUGUGGUACUUCCUGCGGGUGGCCGCGGUGGCCACGAGGGCGUGGUUCCAGCCCCCAGUGUGGGACGUCACGGCCGAGCAAGUCCUGACGGGCAGAGUCACGCCCCACGACAUCGACAUGUGCCACAUGAACAACGCCCGGUACCUGCGGGAGUGCGACUUUGCCCGCAUCGCCCUCUACGUCCGGAACGGGGUGUUCAAGGCCCUUCGAGCCCUCAAAGCUUCCAUGGUGGUGGGGGCCACCACCAUCCGGUACCGCCGGGCGCUGUGUAUCGGGGAGGGCUACGAGCUGCGCAGCCGCAUCGUGACCUGGGAUGACAAAGCUUUCUUCCUGGAGCAGCAGUUCGUGUCCGCCAAGGACGGGUUUGUGUGCGCCGUCAUGUACUGCAAGCAGAGCGUGAUCCGCAGCAGCCCGGACAAGAUCAUGCAGCAUCUGUGCAAGAGGAAGGUGGAGUGUCCAGAGUUUCCAGACGACCUGAAGCACUGGGUCAGCUUCAUCUCCGCCAGCAGCCAGGCCCUCCGAGCUGAGAGCGGGCUGGAGGACAAAAACAAGUGAUGUGGCGUCGGCAGCUACAGGAGCCGUCCUGCCAGUUCUCCAAGUCCGAGGCUGGAAGCCUCCAGAGAAACCGUCUGCCUUCUCCUCCGUAUGACUUGACUUCACCGUCGUGCCUGCAUUUUGCACUGAAUGAACAUUUUGAACAAAUAAGCUUCGUUUUGUGCACAAUAUUCAUGGGAGAGACUACAGAUCUAGUAGUUUCAGUAAAUGUUUCUAACUUAUUGAGUAAUCUUUAAUACAUCAAUAAAGACAAGUUGUUUACUUUUA